UAAUGAUUAUUUGCCCAGCGGUAAAAUGAAAAUAAUCAUAUUAUUACUUCCUACAUACGGUAAUAUGUACGGAAUUUGCCAAUGUGAUUUUUCCUUGGGAUUUUGUUCUCCGCAAAUACCAUACGGCAUCCUCCAAUUCCUUCUAUGACUGUGGAUGAACUUUACAACUGUAAAAAGUUGUUCCGGAGUCGGCGAAUCAAUGAUUUUGUAUCUGUAUGGCUGAUCUGGUACUGGUACUACUCUUGAUAUUUCCCAUCCCAAAUGAAGUGUUAUAAGAUGAUGAAAGGAGGGAAUUAUCAAUGGUAUGGCAGAGAAUUUUAGGAGGAGGUUCAGCUUCAGACACCUAAGUUUCAGGAAGGCAAAAAAGCAACCUGACCGACCCAAAUCAAUUCAUGUCACAGAACCCCAAGCAGAUUUGAGAAGAACGACUUCUUCUAGGCAACCGAAGACAACAGGGGAUGCUGUACGUGCAUCGAAUUUGAAGAGAUUAGCUCCCAAGAGGCCUUCCUCCCCAGCUAAAAAGCAAUCUGAUCCUCCGAAAUCAAUUCAUGUCACAGACUCUCAAUCAGAUAUCAGAUCGAUAUCUGCGCGCCAAUCACCAAAUAGACAGGGAGGAGGUUUUUCUACAUCAAAUGUAAAGAGGGUUGCCCCAAGCAGACCCUCAACAACAGCCCAAAAGCAACCUGAUCUGCCUAAGUCUAAAGAGGCCACUGGAUCCUGUAUAGAAUUAAAGAGAUGCAAUUCAUCAGGUCAAAGUUUAUCUAAUGUAAAGAGACUUGCUCCAGGGAGACUAUCUACUCCAGUGAUAGCCAAGAAGCAAUGUGAUCAAUCUGAAUCGAAUCAUGUCACUGAUUCGCAAACAGAGUUACAAGGAACAACACCUGCAGAAGAAGCCAGUACUUCAGGGGAGUGUCCAGGUGUAUCAACUAAGAAGAGGAUAGCUCCCAGAAGACCAUCUAUUCCGGUGGAGAAGCAACCUAACCAGCAUAGACCAUCGUUUGACGCCACAGAUUCUAAAGGUGGCUUGAAGAGAUCUAAGUCUGUGAACCCAGGAUGUAUAUCAAGAAAGAGUUCGGGCACAGCUAAUGGGAGGAAAGACCUUACCAAAAGAGCAUCAGUAUCAGAUUGGAAUGAUGUAUGGAACAAGCCCACCAUCGGGCAAGCCUUGCAAUCCUUUACGGCCAUUCUUCGCUGCGACUUGACCUUUGAAGCCGGCGAUCAGAUUGAAGUUCUUACCCAAACGAGCAAGCAGUUUGAUUGGUGGGAGGGGUCGGCGCGAGGUCACACGGGGAUCUUCCCAGCCAAUUACAUUGAACUCCUUUAAUGAAAGCAGGGCCCUGUUUUACAAAGGGGCAGGGUUGAUCAGGGCCCGCUCACAAAGAGUUGCAAUUGAUUCGAUCAAUCCCAACUUUCUGGAAAUCCAUCAUUGUCAUAAUUUUUCAUACCAGA